AUGUCUUUCUUCACCCCUCCUCCUGCACCCAAGAGCAAGCUCGGUGUCUACCGCCUCUUGUCCCCCACCGCGGGCGUUCACGUUUCCCCAAUUCAGUUGGGAGCCAUGAAUAUCGGCGACAAGUGGGAGGAAAUCGGCAUGGGUAGCAUGGACAAAGAGACGAGCUUCAAACUCCUCGACGCGUACUACGACAAUGGAGGCAACUUCAUCGACACUGCCAACAACUAUCAAGAUGAAACCUCUGAGCAGUUUAUCGGAGAGUGGGCCGAGGCUCGUGGCAUCCGUGACCAAUUGUUCAUCGCAACCAAGUACACGUCGAAUUUCAAGAGACGCAACACCGAUAUUCCCCAAAAAAUAUUCUAUGCCGGCAACAGUGCAAAGUCCCUCCACAUUUCCGUCGAUGCUUCGCUCAAGAAGCUUCGAACGACCUAUAUCGACCUUCUCUACGUCCACUGGUGGGACUGGGAUACAAGCAUCGAGGAAGUCAUGAGGGCUCUUCACACCUUCGUCCUCCAAGGCAAAGUCCUUUAUCUGGGUGUUUCGGAUACUCCAGCAUGGGUCGUGUCAAGGGCUAAUCAGUACGCGCGAGACCAUGCCCUGACGCCUUUCGUCAUUUAUCAAGGUGCAUGGAACAUCAUGGACCGGUCUUUCGAGAGGGAUAUCAUUCCGAUGGCCAGAGCUGAAGGGCUGGCACUUGCCCCAUGGAACGUACUCGCAGCAGGCAAAUUCCGAACAGACGAAGAGGAAGAGAGGCGCCGUCAAACCGGCGAGAAAGGACGCACGAUAUUCGGCCCUGAGUGGGAGAGGACAGAGCAGGAGAAGAAAGUCUGCAAAGCUCUUGAGAAGGUCGCUGGCGAGGUCGGGGCGAAACACAUUACUUCAGUCGCUAUUGCGUAUGUGAUGCAAAAGACGACAUACGUCUUCCCCAUUCUCGGUGGCCGUAAAAUCGAGCAUCUACUCUCGAACUUGGAGGCUUUGAAUCUUACCCUGACCAACGAGCAAAUCAAAUUCCUCGAGGGCGUCGUCGAUUUCCAGCCUGGCUUCCCCAACUGGAUGAUCGGAGACGGAACCGACGUCAACCCAAUGCUCAAGCUGGCUGCACAUAUUAUUCCCAAGCCAGUCGCCGAGCCUCUGAGACCUACGGGUGGUCAGUAG